GUCGUACCAGCAAAGUAACACAAUUCUACUACAUUGUAUUGAUGAGAUUAUGCUUUGAAGUUUUGAUAUUGAGCUAAUAAUAAUAUUUUUUUUUUUUUUGCAGGUUUGAAAGUGUAUAUAUAUAUAUAUACACAUAUAUAUAAAGAUAUAAGAUGGCAACAAGGGUGAGGGAGAGUGGAGUGAGGGGAAAGGAGAAGAAAGGAAAUCAAGCUGAUAACACCAUGCCACAACAACACAAAAGAAUCACAACCACCAAUACAACCUCAAGAUUAAUGUCUUCUUCUUCUUCUUCUGUUGCUAAUAAUUCUGUCCCAAACUAUUUGCGGCCCACCACCGCCUCCGCCGCCGUGCAGGGCGCCGGCGGAGACAAGCCCAUUUCUUCCAGAAGAAAGUCCCUGGAUAAGCCACUACUACCCAAUCUUGAGACCGCCCACCGGAAUCUCGCCGGAGAUAAGCCAUCGCCGGCCAGAAGAAAGUCCUUUGACAGACCAAUUAUUCAACCACCACAUUCCCCACUUUCUUCUUCCCCACUUUCUUCUUCCUCUCUAGCACCUAAGCCCACUUUUUCCAGAACAAAAUCCAGUUUGGACAAUUCCAAGCCAAAAUCAUCCACAAGAACUUCUGAAGCUAAUGAUAGGAGGGGCAAAAUUAUGUCAAGAUCCAUUUCUUCAGUUUCCAAAUCCUCUUCUUCUUCUUCUCCUUCUCCCAUUGCCCAUAAUAAUCAUCUUUUGAACAGACCAACCACCCCCAAGACACCACAGAAAAACAGUACCAGAAAACAACCUGGUACUACCUUAUUGUCUCCGAAGCCAGUCAAGAAGAAGCCAGCAGAGACCAUCCAUAUCCUAACCUCAAAUCAUCACCAAGAACCAUCUGUUCCAGUUCCAGAAUCCCCAGAUCAUCAUACAGAGGUUUCUGCUAAUAACCCCGAUUCGAAUCAAACCGAAAUCAACAACAACAACAACAAAAUAGUACAAGAAAAGGAAAACAUUAAUGUUGUGGUUUCAGAUAAUCAUGAGGAAUUGGAGGAUAAUCUCAACUCCAUUGAAGAUUGCUCCUCCUUGCUAUCAGAUCCCCCCAUUCUUGAUCCUCUGGACACCAUUACUGAGGAAGGAGAGAUCUCAGCCCCCGAAAACCUCCAAGAAAUCGGCCAAAAUGCAGACACAAUACCACCACCCGAAGAUCAUCCACAGGUGGAAGAUAAAGACAACAAUCUAAAGGAAACAACACCUGCAGAUGACGAAGUUUCUGUGGAAGAAGUGGGAGAUGAUGAGACUAUGCAAAACAUCAGUGAUAAUAAUAACUGCAGUGAAGACAAGGCAGAAAACCAAGAAGAAGAAGAGGAAGAAGAGGAAAGGGAGAAAGAGAAAGAGAAAGAGAGAGACAAGAAACCAGACAACCACCAUCAUCAUCAGGAACUAGCUGAUGAAGAAGUUAAGGAAAUAACUAAUGAUCAGAACAACAACAACAACAACAACGUUGUUGUUGUUCAGUCAUCGUCACCAGAAGCCAGUAAACCGGCACUGAAGAGAAACGAGAGCGUGGUGUCUAAUGAUGUGAUUGAGGAGACUGCAAGCAAGCUUCGCGAACAAAGGAAGAAUAAGGUAAAAACAAUUUUGUAUGGAUUGGUCGAAUGCUUAUGGGGUCCAAUGCUUAUGGUGUUCAUCAGGGAUUCUGAGUUUAGAGAAGGUUUAAUUGAUCCAUUAUUUAAGGAUAAGAAUAUGCAUUGGAAGCUAGAGGGACAAUGUGCACUGGAAGAAGGUGCACUUGAAGAAGAGAAAUUAUGUAAAGAAGAAAAAUAUACACUCAAAGAAGAGAAAUUAUGUACUUAA